AUGGCAUUUGUGCAAAGGAAGCUCCUUCAGAAGUGCCGGCUUCGUCCUCAGGCACAGAACCAAUCAUCAGCACCUCCUUCUGCUCCUCCUCUGCCUGUGAUUCCUGCGCCUCCUGCUCCUUCUGCUCCUUCUGCUCCUCUGCCUGUGUUGCAUGCUCCUGCUCCUUCUGCUCCUCUGCCUGUGAUGCAUGCUCCUGCUCCUUCUGCUCCUCUGCCUGUGAUUCCUGCUCCUGCUCCUCCUGCUCCUCUUCCUGUGAUGCAUGCUCCUGCUCCUCCUGUUCCUAGGUCUCCUCCUUCUCCUGCUGCUGCUGCUGCUGCUGCUGCUGAGAGAGUCCAUAGGAACAUGAGGAGGACUACUCCAUUUAGGAACAGCACUAGUCCUUAUGGAGGGAGACAAGGGUAUUUACAGAUGAUGCAGCAGCCUGCAGUAACAUAUGGAUCAGGGAUUGCUUAUUAUCAGAUCAUGGUUCCUGUGCAGGUCAUCAACAAUGGAGUGCUGAGUUAUGAUUAUAUGGGGUGGAAUUAUUGCUGGAAUGUUGCUCAAUCAUGGACUCUUACUGUUAGCCCUACUUCUCCUCCAGUCGGAAUGCCCAAUUAUGUUCCUUAUCAGCAUCCCAUUAAUCCUGCUCCUUUCUACAACCAAACCGCUCUUCCUCCCCUUUCUGCUUUGCCUGUUCAUGAGAACAGCCCUGCUGCUCCUCCGCCUGCUCUUCCUGUUCUUCCUGUCCCUGAGAACAGCCAUGCAGCUCUGCCUGCUCCUUCUGAUCAGCCUGAUCAACCUGCACCUUGA